AUGGAAAUCACUCCGACGGAGUAUGAUGUGAUAGUGAUUGGCACCGGGAUUACAGAGUGUAUAAUCGCAGCAGCAUGCUCCAGGAUUGGGAAAACUGUCCUCCACCUUGACAUCAACAGAUUCUAUGGGGAACAAUGGUCUUCAUUUACCCUCUCCGGUCUGGAGAAUUUCGUUAAAGAUGGCCCUCCUUGCCUCAGUGGGGAUAAUUUCAAGUACAAACAUUUCAUGCAGAACCUUGAUUAUAUCGAGAUGCCUUUGGAUCAGGUGAAAAAAGAAUCAGAUGUAGAAAAAUCAGCUGAUUUAGAGGUUUCUGAGCCGAACAAAGAAAAAGAAGACGGCGCCACAGCAGAGUCAGAGGCAGAAACAAUCCCUCAAAAACCACAAUGGACAUCGGAAAAGUUCCAGAAAUCCAAACGGCGAGUGAACAUUGACAUAACACCAAAACUGUGUUACAGCGCUGGUCACAUGGUCGAGCUACUCCGGAGUUCAAAUUGUUCCCGAUACCUGGAAUUCAAGGCUGUUAACCGGAGUUUUGUGCAUCACGAGAGUGAGCUGAUUCAGGCGCCUUGUAAUCGGGAGCAAGUUUUUAACUGUAAACAUUUGAAGGUUUUAGAAAAACGGAUCAUGAUGAAAUUUGUGACAUUCGCCCUUCAAGUGGACGUGGAGAGCGAGGAAUUCCAAGAGUGGGAUAAGAAAGAAGACUUGGAAUUGUAUAAAUAUUUUAAAUUAACCGAUAGUUUGAUCAGCUUAGUCCAGGCCUCUUUGGUGGUAUCAAAUAAAGAUAAGGUAUCCGCUCACGACGCAAUACGAUCCAUUAAGCAUUAUUUGAAGAAUGUAGGAGUAUACGGAAGCAUGCCAUUUAUCUGUCCUAUAUACGGAGCAGGAGAACUCCCUCAAGCUUUUGCUAGAUUCAGCGCCGUGUUUGGCAGUAUUUACGUUUUGGACAUUUCACCUUCAGAACUCAAAUUUGACGAAUCGGGAGUAUUUUGCGGGGUGACUUUGCAAACAGGUCAGAGUAUAAAGGGACAGUAUUGUGUCGUGUCCCCUAAUUAUUCCUCAGACUCAACAGAAGGCUCCCCUGAAGGACUGAUAUCCGUAUCUCACGCUGUGUACCUCACGGACUCUUCCAUAAAACCCAAACUAAAAGUAGGCGAGCAAGACGACAUUUCACUCAUUCACAUCCUCUCCGGUAAGAUGGGAAACGACAGAGCCGUCUCUGGCUUCGAGUUCGGACCGAGGAGCAUGCUGCCUGCGGAGGAUAUGUACAUGGUACAUUUAACCACCCCCGGAGGGGAUGCUGACCUUCCUAGAUCUGAUCUGGAGGCGGUGGUUGAUCAGAUUACUUGCAGUACUCACGUUCUUUACAAACUGUUCUUCACUACGAGGAUGUCUGCGGAGGGAAGGAGUGUGGAGCCUAGUCUUGAUAAUAAUAUGAUAAGAACUUCGUUUCCUACCUACAAUGCUGGUUAUAGUGAAAGUAUAGAAGAAGCUAAAACAUCGUUCCAUUUGAUGUAUCCAGAAGAGGAGUUUUUGCCGGCAGCUCCAAAUCCGGAAGAUAUUAAAUGGCCGGAAGAGGACGAGAGUGAAGUUGUCGAGAAAGAGGCUCCAAGUGAACAGCAGGAAGAUAUGACUGAAAUUUCUGAGAAGAUAGUGGACGAUAUAGAUAAAACUGCUACUGAUGAACUAAAAGGGGAAGAUGUUUCGUCCUAAAAUCCCAUUGCUGAUAGUUAUCAUUAUUAAAACCUGCGAUAAGUUUUAAAUUGAAAUUUUUUGUGUUUGAUCGGGUUUGACUGGAUUCUUGAGCUUAUUUAGCAUUUAUCGUGACUGGAUUAUUGCGUGAACUUUGGUUUUUGAAAUUAUAUUUUUAUCUGGUAAUUUAAGAUUUAUUCAGUGUUAUGUGAAAUAAUUGUACUAGUGCGUUUGUCGAAUUUGUUUUUCAUACAUAAACAUUAGAAUUUGCAUUUUAACUGACUUAGUAUCAUUCUUAAGAGUUGAUAUAUUAGCAAAGACAGAUUAACAUAUUAUGUACCGGAUUUACAUGUUUUACAUUACAUGAUGCAUGUUUUGAGAUUUUCUUUUGAGUAAUUGGCUUAUACCAUCGUAGGUAGAUGUUCAAAUUGGGGCUUCCUAUAGCUUUGGGAGCAGCAUGCGGUGCACUUACGAUUCACAAACUCUACGGUGACUACCCUCUUUUUGGUGCGGAGCUGGAACUUCCCGCGGAUCUAGAAGGCAAUCCUAUGGAUGGAAAACCUGUUUUUCGCAUCAGACCACGCUCCGAGAUCGUAGAACAUGCAGCUCGAUACAGGAAAGAGGUGACCCCUAAAAGAUCACUUGAAGAAAUCCAAAAAGAAGUUAAGGAGUGGGCAGAUGACUACGACAAACAGAAUGUACGGGCUCCUGAAGAGGUUUGGGCGAAGAUAGACAAGUACGGCUGGUUAGCGACCUUGUCGUAUCGAGCCGGACUUACUGAGCUUGAAGAUGUGUUAAAACACGAUGAUGAAGGGUUGGAAGUGUUAGACGAUCAAAAAGGGGGAAUUGAGCAGAUUUUUGAGUCAAUUGAUAGUGAGAAUGUUACGACUUUAGAAUCAGUUCUCGAUGAAAAUGUUUAUAUCUCUGAAUCAGUUCUCGAUAAAAAUGUUCAUAUCUCUGAAUCAGUUGUUAAUGAAGAUGCGCAGACCCCAGAGACUCAAUCAACAGUUGAACUAGAUGAGACUGAAAGUUUGUUAACCUCAGAUUUAAAGGAGGAUAUUAGUGAACGGACUUCAGAAAUAAUCUUAAAUAAAUCUCUAAGCGCUCCAAAUAUUAUAAUAGUCGAUGAGAGUUCGCGGAUACCCGAAGAAGUUUUAUUGGACGAUGUUUCGUAAAGUAAGUUAGUGUUAGUGACCCACAGAUCAAGCUUAACCUUUUUAUAACACAACUUACGAUUCGUAUUUGAACAAAUUAGUUUAAUUUAUUUAUAGCGAGUAAGAACUUUUGUUUUUGUUUUUUAAUUUAUUUUGUAUUGAACUUUGUUUAUUGAACUCAGAUGUGGCCCAGUUCAUGUAUUUAUCUUAGUUUUAAAUAUUUUUGACACGUUUACAAACUGGUUUAC